AUGCAUAUUACUCUUUACAACAUUGGUGCUGGACGGGCUAGCAGUGUUGCCAGGUUUGGUGAUUUUUCUCCAGAUAUGGUGAUUUUCAAAACAUUCUGGUCUAACAAUAGUUCAUCUGAUUAUGACACUGAAGAAGAGAAAAAACUAACCAAGACAAGACCUUCACAAAAAAUGAGUUAUGCUCAGAAUUAUAAAGUGAGUUGGGAGAAAAAUAAAGAAUUUUGUGGAUGGCUUGGUCCAAGUGUGAAAGGUUCUACCUAUUUUAAAUGCAAUGCGUGUAAUAAAGAUUGUAAAGGUGGUAUAGCUGCUGUAAAAAAACAUAGCUACUCUUCUAUACAUGAAAGAUAUGUGACUGCAAAAAAGGCACCAUCAGUUUAUACAUUGGCAUCUAAAAAAAAAUGUUAUGACACAGAAAAGGCAAUUAAAAGUACCGAAAUAAGAGUAGCUUCAUUUAUUGCUGAGCAUAAUAUUCCAAUAAGUGCUACAGACCUCCUAGUUGAACUUAUAAAAAGUAUCAAAUUGGAACCAGAAGUGUUAAACAAAGUUACUUGCCAUCGUACUAAGGCCACAGCUUUAAUUAAUAAUGUAAUCGGGGCAACUGGAUUUGAAACUGUAAUUAAUUUAAUAAAGACCCAAAAAUUUUCACUUCUAGUUGAUGAAUCUACUGAUGUCAGCUCAAUAAAACAUUUGGCACUUGUUGUAAGAAUUAAUUAUGAAUGGACGGUGAAAGAUUAUUUUUUACAACUGAUUCCAAUUCACAGCGCUACUGCUCAGUGUAUGUAUGACGCUGUAACACAUUUUUUUAUAAAGUAUCAAGUACCAUACAUUGAUAACUUGAUUGGUUUUGCAUCCGAUGGGGCUAAUGCAAUGAUGGGAAAUAACAACUCACUUAGAACAUUACUGGCUAAAGAUAUUCCUAAUAUUUUUGUCAUGAAAUGUAUCUGUCAUUCUCUGGCACUUUGUUGUAACUAUGCAUGCCUAAAACUUCCAGAUGUUGUAGAAAAAUUAGUUAGAAGUAUUUAUAACUUCAUGAACCAGAGUUUUAAAAGACAAAAAGAAUUUCAAGAAUUCCAGAAAUUUCAUGACCUGAAACCACACAAAAUGUUGCAGCAGUCACAAACGAGAUGGUUGUCAUUGGAAGCAGUAGUUAGUCGUGUGCUAGAACAAUAUGAAGCCUUAAAAUCAUAUUUCAGACUUCAAGAUUUUGAAAACGACACAUUGAACAAUGAUAAGGCUAGACAAAUAUAUGUUCAACUAAACAAUCCGUUGCUACAUUAA